UGACGUCGACGUAGCCUGAUUUGUUUUUCAUGGCGGGAUGUGGGGCUGAAGUCUCUGGAAGGAAGCCUCGAGUUUGCGAACUGUGUGUCCUGGCGAAAACCGAGAGACGUUGUCCUAUGUUCAGCGACUUAGCACUCAUAAUUGACAUAUCUAAGUUUAAAUGUGUGGUUUGCUUCCGAGUACUUUAAAAAGUCACUGCUAGUCUCUCCUGUCAGGCUUGCUAACUUUAAGGAAGCAGCCCUCCUUAAGUUGUCGGGAGGUUUGACUAACGUUAAGUUAAACUUUAAGCGAUGGAGAGUUCACUGGUAAAAGACAGCCCACUGCUUUUACCUCUUAACAAGGAGAAAACUGUCUAUGACGGCUUCAUCACAGUCCAAGAACGAGACUUCAGAAUGAGAAUACUGCUACCACCAGAUCGCCAAGUUAAACGGGCCAGGCUGCACUGCUGUUGGCAGUUAAAACACCUGUUGCGUGGGUAUGAGCACAUUGUGAAGCAGAGGCUGCAGCAGUCGACUGAUCUUGUCAGUUUCAUUCUGGAGCUGAAGACUGUCUUGGAAGUGGGUUUGAAGAGCCAUCCUGAGUGCCGCUCCAUCCCGCCUCCACAGUACUACUCUCAGCUCAUCUCUGAGAUGGAGACCCUUGGGUGGGUCAAGCUGCUCUUCAUAGACACGGAGUUCCGAACGUUGAGACUGAAUGCGGAGGACUCCUCUGGAAGGCAGCAUGUUCUCACUGUUAAACUCAAGCCCAAGCACCCUGCAGAGGCUCCUGAAUGCUCAGCUGACCUGCCAGUCCCUCUGGCCUUAACCUGGACACCACAGAGUACUCUGGACAAUCUCCACAAGCAGUUCCUGCUGGUUUUGGAGUCCCUGACCGAGUUCUGGGAUGUCCUAGAUGAGAUUGACAGUAAGACCUGGAUUCUGGAGCCGGAGAAACCCAACCGGUCCCACACCAUGAGGCGGAUCGCCAUCGGAAAUAACGUAUCCAUUAAAGUGGAGGUGGAUCCCAGACACCCGAAAAUGCUGCCAGAGUGCUGCCUGCUGGGACCCGAGCACGUGGUGACUCCGCUGAGGAAUAAGCUGAACGCCAACAUGCACCUGUGGAACCCGGACUCCAGUGUCUUGCACAACCUCCGGGAUGUUUUGGAGAUCGAAUUCCCAUCACCUGCCACCCACGAAAAAUCUAGCUUCAGCGUAGAGUGUGGGAUCUGUUACUCCUAUCGUCUUGAAGCUGCGAUCCCCGAUCAGGUGUGUAAUGACCCUCGCUGUGGCCAGCCCUUCCACCAGGCCUGUCUAUAUGAGUGGCUGCGAGCGCUGCCCUCCAGCAGGCAGAGCUUCAACAUUGUUUUUGGAGAGUGUCCUUACUGCAGCAAGCCUAUUACUGUGAAAAUGGCAGGCCAGAAGUCCUGAGAAGUGGCUUUGUGUUCCCGUCAGCUCCAUCUCCACAGUGCUAAAACUCAGAAGUCCGUUUUUAUUGUCAAAAGGGUUUAAAUGCACUUUGGAAAACUCC